AUGAUGCGUGAAUCGCUUCCGAGCGAAGAAGAAGCAGCUACUGAAGUGUAUUUGAGCAGCGUCGUUGAUAAGAAGAAGGAGGAUAUUCUGUGCAGGAGAGAGCAUCUGCGUUUGGGUGAAGGAGACGAGGAAGAAGAAGAAGAAGAAGGAGAGAGACGAGACGGUUCGGUGUUGCUAGCUCAACCUCCUAUGGUGCGAUCGAGAUCUCAGGUAGCCACGAGGCGCGUGACUCCCACGCCGCUCGUGGAUGUUGAGAAGCCGCUUCCGAACGGGGAUCUCUACUUGGGGAGCUUCUCCGGCGGGUUUCCGCACGGAUCCGGGAAGUAUCUUUGGAAAGACGGAUGCAUGUACGAAGGCGACUGGAAGCGAGGGAAAGCUUCAGGGAAAGGCAAAUUCUCAUGGCCGAGCGGAGCGACUUACGAAGGCGAAUUCAGAUCCGGUAGAAUGGAAGGAUUCGGGACUUUCACCGGCGCCGACGGAGAUACUUACCGAGGAACUUGGGUCGCCGAUCGGAAACACGGCCACGGGCAAAAGCGAUACGCCAACGGAGAUUUCUACGAAGGCACCUGGAGGCGGAAUCUACAAGACGGCCGAGGUCGGUACGUGUGGAGAAACGGGAACCAGUACACCGGAGAGUGGCGCAGCGGCGUGAUUUCCGGGAAAGGUUUGCUCGUUUGGCCGAAUGGGAAUCGAUACGAAGGUCAAUGGGAGAACGGAAUCCCUAAAGGAAGCGGAGUGUUCACUUGGGCCGAUGGAAGCACCUGCGUCGGAGCUUGGAAUCAGAGCAACAUCAUGAGGAACUUCUUCAACGGGAUCGAGAAGAAUGAUUUGAUUGUGGCGACGAGGAAGAGAUCUUCCGUUGAUAGUGGAGCUGGGAGCGUGGGAGGGGAGAAGAUUUUCCCGAGAAUCUGUAUAUGGGAAUCUGAUGGAGAAGCUGGGGAUAUCACUUGUGACAUCAUUGAUAAUGUGGAAGCGUCGAUGAUUUACAGAGACAGGAUCUCUGUGGACCGUGACGGGUUUCGCCAGUUUAAGAAGAACCCUUGCUGGUUUAACGGUGAGGCGAAGAAACCUGGAGAGACUAUAUCUAAAGGGCAUAAGAAGUACGAUCUGAUGCUGAAUUUGCAAUUAGGAAUCAGGUAUUCUGUUGGCAAACAUGCGUCGAUUGUUCGAGAUCUCAAACAGACUGAUUUCGAUCCAAAGGAGAAGUUUUGGACAAGGUUUCCGCCGGAAGGUACUAAGACGACGCCGCCGCAUCAGUCAGUUGAUUUCCGGUGGAAGGAUUAUUGCCCUUUGGUGUUCAGCUUCUUUUACCUAACUCAAGAUGAUAGGUUUAUGAUCAAGACCGUGAAGAAAUCGGAAGUCAAGGUGCUUCUAAGAAUGCUUCCAAGCUACUACAAACAUGUCUGCAAAUACGAAAACUCCCUCGUGACUAGAUUCUACGGUGUUCAUUGUGUGAAACCCGUUGGUGGCCAAAAGACUCGGUUUAUCGUCAUGGGAAACUUGUUCUGCUCCGAGUAUAGAAUCCAGAGACGGUUUGACCUCAAAGGUUCUUCCCAUGGACGGAGUACUGCAAAGCCUGAAGGUGAAAUUGAUGAGACCACGACUCUCAAGGACCUUGAUCUUAAUUUUGCUUUCCGUCUUCAGAGAAACUGGUAUCAAGAGCUUAUGAAGCAAAUAAAACGCGACUGUGAGUUCUUGGAAGCCGAGAGAAUAAUGGAUUAUAGCCUUUUAGUUGGUGUUCACUUCCGUGAUGACAACACAGGAGAAAAGAUGGGGCUUUCUCCAUUCGUUUUGAGAUCUGGUAGGAUAGAUUCAUAUCAGAACGAGAAGUUCAUGCGAGGUUGUCGCUUCCUAGAGGCUGAACUUCAAGACAUGGACCGGAUUUUAGCUGGAAGGAAGCCAUCGAUCAGAUUAGGCGCGAACAUGCCAGCAAGAGCGGAACGAAUGGCUCGGAGAAGCGAUUUCGAUCAGUAUACAUCAGGAGGAGGAGCAAAUUAUACAUCUCACGGUGAGAUGUACGAAGUGGUUCUCUACUUUGGAGUCAUUGACAUCUUGCAAGACUACGACAUAACCAAGAAGAUCGAGCAUGCGUAUAAGUCUUUACAAGCCGAUCCUUCUUCAAUCUCAGCCGUUGAUCCUAAACUCUAUUCCAAGAGGUUCAGAGAUUUCAUCAGUAGGAUCUUCAUCGAAGACGGCUAG